UUAGAGCUUCAUUAUCCAAAAACACAGUUGGGCUUUGGAAGGUUUGGUUUCAAAGAUUCCAUGGCUGAGUUUACUGCAAACUUCCAGAGCUUAAAGCCUUCACCUUUUCCUCUAAUGGACAUGGAUCCCAACCAAAUUCCAAGUCUGAAUUUUCUUGACAACAUUCCUGUUCUGUUCAACGACAGUUUCUUUGGCAAUCAAGCUGCUGUUCCUCCCAGAUUCCCGGAAAUUUGGGGAGAAAAUUUCUGUCAAGCAAAUCAGAUCACUGCACCUGUCUUUGAGCCUACAAAUCCAUCUGGAAGUGACCUCCAUGGAAGCAAGAAAAGAAGGCUUCAAAAUGAGGCAUCUGAGAGCAGCUCUGGCAACUCAACCCCUCAGACUAAAAAUAACUCUGGAAAAGGAAAGCGGUCGAAAAAAGGCGACGAAAACGACGGUGAGAAACCGAGGGAAGUGGUUCAUGUUAGAGCCAAAAGAGGUCAAGCAACAGACAGUCACAGUAUAGCAGAAAGGAUAAGAAGAGGAAAAAUCAAUGAAAGAUUGAGAUGUUUGCAAGACAUUGUCCCUGGAUGCUACAAGACAAUGGGAAUGGCAGUGAUGUUGGAUGAGAUAAUCAAUUAUGUGCAGUCUUUGCAGAAUCAAGUUGAGUUUCUUUCUAUGAAACUCACAGCUGCAAGCUCCUAUUAUGACUUCAACUCAGACUCAGAUACUGCCGAUAGAUUGAAGGGAAAGGAAAUGAGGGAAGGAAAUGGAGGAUUAUUGGUUGCAUCAACUGAAGAUGGUCCCUUUGACAUGAGCUUUGGUUCUUAUUCCACAACAAUAUGAACAAGCUUAGCUCACAACUUAGCUCCUAUAUUAAUUAUUCUCCAUCACCAAAAUUAGUUCCCUUAAGCCAUACUACACAUUGAUUUAUCCUUGUAAUCAACCCCUCUAUCAUACAUCUCACAAAUUCCAUGGAUCUAAAUGUAAUGGGUUAGUUUUUUGGAUCAUGAACGCAAUAUUUUCAUAACUAAGAGAUUAUUUUAUUUUCAA